CAGAAGCAGAAAAAGAAGAAGAAGAAGAAGCAGAGGUUCCCCCGCAAAGGAAUGUUAGGAGGGAAGAGAGAGGGGAAUCUAGUGAGGCCCAAUAAAGAAGAGCAAAAAUGGAAAAGAUGGUGAUGGAAUGGGUGGCCAACCUGGCCUCGGUGGAGGAAGAAGAAGCAUUAUUGCUUGUCCCUCAGGCAAGAGAAUUGGAAGCGGAGGAGAACCCCUUGCAGCGACAGACCAUAGAGGAGGAGAAAAAGUUGGAGUGGAAACUGCGCCUGGCAAGGGAGAGAAAGAGGCGAUUGGAGGCGGAUGAGACGAUGGAGAGGGACUUGAGGGCCGCCGAAGAACAAAGGGGGAAAUUAGCAGCACAGGCAGACCUCAAGCAGCAAAUACAAAUUUUAUCCCAGAAUAUGGAGGUAGUAUUGUGGGCUCAACAGGAACAACUGCAUUACUUAAGCGGCCACGAUAUUGCCUUGCAGUCCAUGCACACAAGUUUUAAAGAUUUUGUAAGAGACACGAUGAUAUGCGUGGACACUCAGUUGCAUGCUGCUAUGGAAGGCACUGAGAGGUUUUGCGUAGGCGCCAUAGAAGGCGCCAAGUUAGUGGCCCCCAGAGAGGAGGAAGCACGACCACGAAGAGAGCGUGUUAAAGUUAAGUUCCUUGAGCCGUAUAGGGGGAAGAAGGGCGAAGAUUUUGGCAAUUGGGAAGCCAAUAUUAAUUCAUACCUGCACUUGCAACAUAUCGUUAUCAAGAACCCAAAGAAAGAUGGGAAGCUAGAGAGAGUUAUCCAUUUCCUGACUCUCCUCGUAGAGGACAAUCUCCCGUUUGAUAUGGUCCUAGGAAUGGACAGGGGAGAGGCACCAGGAGCCACACUGCAUCUAAGAGAGCAUGAGUGUAGACAUCCUAGUCCGUCAGGUGGUGUCAAAAUGGCCCGCUUGUUCCAUGUGUCAGGAGUAGACAACCCUCUGGCACAUUGCUGUCUCAGUGCUCCCGUGUUCCCGCGACUAGUGAAAAAGGAGCAGUUACAAGAGCAGGUCUUUGUGUCCUAUGGUAGGCCAAUCAUUGAGCCUGAGAAAGAGGAACCAAUUGACCCGCUUAUUGCCAAGUUGUUGGAAGAGUACGCAGAUCUAUCAAAGGCCCCAUCAGGAGUAGUUUCGCAUCCUAUCCAACACUGCAUUCAGAUAGAGCCUGGCAGUAAGACUCCCAAAGGAGCAAUUCAUAGGAUGUCUCCUGAGGAGUUAGAGGAGCUGCGCAAGCAGUUAGAUGAGCUCCUCGAGAAAGUUGUUGACUUGGGUGUAGAGGCUGGGGAUGGAGGUUUGGAUUGUGGGGGUUACUGGGGUCCCGCUUUAGGACCUCCAGAAGAUGGAGGAAUGAUCAGGAGAGAACCACCUCUGCAUACUAGGUGGAUUGAUCGAGUAGCAGACAAAGUGAAGGAUGGGACGAAAGCUGAUACAAGGACGAAGGGAGGGAAGCGACACAAGGGAGAGAAAGGAGAGAAGGGCAUGGAGAAGGGAACCGUUCAUGUGCAUGAGCCGUUGGUGUUGGGUUCCGAUGAUAUUGAUUCAGGUAAUGGGGGGAAGGAACGUGUGUCUAAUCGGUUUCUGAUGAAAUAUGGAGAAAAUGCAGAGUUCAAUCAAUACUGGUUUUCAUCGGACACAAUCAAGGUGAUGCUGCGGGAGCUUGACGACGUUGCGACAAGCGUGGCCUUCCUGUCAACACCAAGCAUCUACUUCUCUCUUCAAAACCAGAACUUGAAGAGUAAGAGUUACAUUUUUGAUCUUGACACGAAGUUUGGUCGAGGUCGUAAUGUGAAUUUUGUUCGAUACGAUUUCAAUCGACCGACGGAUGUUCCAGACAACCUUCAUCAUAGCUUUGACUGUGUUGUGAUUGAUCCGCCGUUCAUAGCUGAAGAAGUAUGGGCAAAGUAUGCAGAAACUGCCAAACUUCUGCUUAUCCCGAAUGGGAGAGUUAUUCUGAGCACGAUUCCUGAAAAUGCGAUGUUUUUGAAGCGUAUGCUUGGCGUGGAGCCACAGUUGUUCCGCCCAUCGAUCCCCAAUCUCGUAUACCAAUAUGCCUUCUUUGUCAAUUAUGAGUCCCCUUAUUUCUCUGUAGUCAAUCCUGAAUUGCCCAGUCUUGAAACAUGACCUCUCUCUCUCUCUCUCUCUCUCUCUCUCUCUCUCUCUCUCUCUCUCUCUCUCUCUCUCUCUCUCUCUCUCUCU